UAAAUAGGCACAGUCACACAGAUACCUGGUAUAUAAACCCUUUGAUUUCGUUACACCCGAUUGCACACCUGAACCUCGUGGCCGACAUGUAGUAUUCCUUUCGUGGUCUUUAGAUUUUAUGCAUUUUUUCCUAUCUUAUGCUCAUUUUCUGUUCGUAAAUAAUGCAUUUAUCAAUUUAUUUGAUGUUAGUAUUCUCCUGGCUUCAAAAAGGUGCGUAAAAUUUGAUAAUUUCAACGCGACCGAGUAACACGGCGAUGCAAAAUGUACGUCCACACAGGUGAGACCUCUACAGCAAAGUACUUUGAACUGUUUAGAGGUCUGUCCCUUAUAUAAGGGUUGUAGGGACAGCAGUGAUAAAAGAGAAAUAUGGCGGACAGUGGCUAUUUGCGAGCGGUGUUCAGCUUUAAAUAUCACGGUUCAAUGACUCGCUUCUGUAGACAACGGUUUUCACGUGAAAAUAAAGACUACUUGCAGUUGGAAAGAGAAUGGAGGAAGAACCAGAAGAAACAAUAGAGUGUCCUGGCGUUUGGGAAGAAAAUGAUGGUAGCAAGUAUUGUUUUGUGAUCUCAAAAGCAGAUUGGGAUUUGGCUGAGAGGAAGUGUUCUAUGAUGGGAGGACACCUGGUGGCAAUUGAGUCGGAGAGUGAAGAUAAGUGGAUCUAUGAGAGGAUGAAUUUUUACACGAAUAUCACGGGUCCUGAUGCAAAGUGGUGGUCAGGGGGGACAGAUAAGGAUUCAGAAGACUUCUUUUACUGGCAGCACUCAAGACAGAACUUGACCUUUGAAAAAUGGAACCUUGGUGACCCAAGUGGCGAUAAGGAUGAAAACUGUCUUCUCCUGUUACUGCUCGACCAUUGGCAAGAUUACCCAUGUUCUGACGAGUAUAGCUUUAUUUGUGAGAAAUAGCAUGCAGAUAGUGUACACCAAACAAUGACAUAUUUGUAUUUAAUGGCAAAACUGUUGGAGAUUUUUAGUGAAAUUAACAGAGGUUUAGAUCACGAAAAUAAUUUUUUUUUUAAAUUGCAUAUUUUUCUACUACUAAAUGCAGAUAAUGUUCUUCAAAAAAUACCUUUUUGUUUUGUAUUUUACAGCAAAAUUUGUGGAAAAAUGUAGUAAAAUUCACAGAGGGUUACAAAGCUGAAAAUAUCAAAAGAGAAUUAAGCAAUAUUUUUCUACUACAAAAAUAUUUUUAAAAAAUCAACAUGGAAAGAAGUCGAAUGUGUUUUAACUUUAUGUAUAAAAAAAUAUUUUUUACGGAUGUUAUUACAAGGUUUAAAAAAAUAUGACGACGUAAGGCUGAUUAAUGCAUUUUUUUAAAAACUACUGAAUGUCGCCAAGUAUCAAAUGGUUACUGCAAAUGCGAUUAGAUGAAAAAGCUGUGCUCAUUUUACUUCAUAUAAAACACUUGAAAAUAACUCGACAAAAGUUUUAGCUCUAUUGGUUCUUUUGAGAUUUCAAUACAAUGCUAUGCGAUUUGUAUGCUAUACUAUGAGUAAUUGAAAUGAAGGUCUUUUUGAUUUUGUACGCUAUGGUAUGCUGUGAGAUUUUACCAAACAACGCCUCCAUACACAGACGAGAUACAAAUAUUUCAAAGUAAAAUGAUAAGAAGUCAAGGUUUAGCACUCAACUGCAAUGUGAACUUCAUUCUUCAUAAUAAAAGCAUUUUAAACAGAGUUAAAACAUGUUGUAUGCUAUGCUACAUGUAUGUUUUGCAGUGGAAUGAUAUGGCGAAGAGAGUCUAUGAGAUAAAUGCGCUAAUGUAUGAGAUUCCAAUGUUAUGCUAUGGUGUAUGUUGUAAAAUAUAUGCUUGAACUUACUUUACAUAUGUUAUAUAGAUUCAAGUCUGUUCAAGUUAUGAUUCCUUGGGGGUAAGAUGGGGGUCAGAAGGGGGGAAAUGUUCACCAAUAAAUUGU